CGGCAGGGAACACGGAGCAAUGUCUGUUCGCUGCCAGCAGAGUCCGGUGCUGGCAGGGAGCGCCACUUUGGCCGCUCUGGGGGCACUGGUCCUGUACCUCGCGGAGCCCUCCGGCUACGGGAAGUACUCGGAGAACCUGAUGCCGGUGGCUAUCCGUCUGCCCGCCCGCGCCGCCUGGUUCCUGCAGGAGCUGCCCUCCUUCGCGGUGCCCGCGGGGAUACUCGCAGGGCAGCCCAGCUCUCUUUUGGGUCCGCCUGCGACUGUGCUUCUGGGCCUCUUCUGCGCACAUUACUUCCACAGGACAUUUGUUUAUUCACUGCUCACUAGAGGGAGGCCGUUUCCAGUUGUAUUCCUUUUCAGAGGCUUUGUCUUCUGCAUGGGAAAUGGACUCCUCCAAGGCUACUAUCUGGUUUACUGUGCUGAAUACCCUGCUGAGUGGUACACAGACAUACGGUUUAGCCUGGGUGUCUUCUUAUUCAUUUUGGGAAUGGGAAUCAACAUUCACAGUGACUAUAUACUGCGCCAGCUCAGGAAGCCUGGAGAAAUCACCUAUAGGAUUCCACAAGGUGGCUUGUUCACGUACGUUUCUGGAGCCAAUUUCCUCGAUUCUACCUCAAGAUGUUUGAUGACUACCCCAAGUCUCGAAGAGCCCUCAUUCCAUUCAUCUUUUAAAGAAACCAGAGAACAAGGGAACAAAGCUCCCACAGUCCUGUUGAAAAGCAUCGAGCUGCUGAACCUGUAACUCUUAAAGUCGCACCAUGCGAUUCUUUACCAUUUGAGCCACCAGAGAAGCCCUGGAAACUGGUGGAAAUAGACAAAUAAUGAGUGUCAGACAAUGGAAAGUACUGAAUUAGAGUGUACGCUGUUUCCCCUGACCAGACGUGUACAGUGAUGGUGAAGCAUCUCAGAAGCAGCCAGCAUCUCUUCCCUUCUGGAGUUUCUGCACCACAGUCCCCAGGAUCUGUUCAAGAAGGAAUCCCCAAGAGGCGCCUUGAACCUCAGUCUUUAGAAGUCCUGGGAGACGAGGCUGGAAUUCACAACCAGAGGGACACCUCUAGGCAGACAACCUGCUUUGUUUGGCCCCAACAGUGUUUUAACAUAGUUUGGUUUUCUUUUUCUUUUUACAUUAAAAGUUUCAAAAAUUUAAAAAUUAGGAGGUUUUUUCAUUUUCCAGUUUCUUUUAGAACAUUGGAGAAUCUGGGCCUGUGGAGCCUGCCAAGAACUGGGACUGGUCAGCUGGUAGACAUCAGAAUUUGCAACCUCAGUGGAGGGGGGGUCACCCUCAAGUGGAUGCCAAAACUUUGGGCUCUCUAAGGAAGGGACUGAACCCUCCUAAUCAGAAUGCAUGAUGAUAUCUGUCUCUGUAGGUCUAGGUUUGUAUCCAGCAUUGGUAAUCUUGAGCAAAUCUCUUUGAGAAGUGAGCACCAGUUUCAUCAGAUGUAGUGCUAAGUGCAGAAAUUCACUAGAUAAAAUACAUAGGACACUCAAAAGAUCUGAAAAUGUAUAUGACUGAAAAAUAUAAAUUGUAAUCAUUUACAUACAUGUUUUGCUGUUUAAAUGACUCUCGAAUUAUGGAUAAGUAAUUUUUUAAAAUUAAAAGA